AUGCCUGCAGACGGCAACGAGGGGCUUUCCAAGCCCGUCCUCGCCCUCUUCGCCGCCGACAACGCGGCAAACAUCAUUAGCGGCUCUCUUGUUCGCAACGACUCGCUCGGCCCCGUGCAAUGGUACCCCACGAUUCGACAGAUUGUCGCCCGUACAUCCAAUGGAGAGGCGCGGCCGCUGGAGAUAGUUGGCGAGCUCAACGCUCGUUGGUAUGGCAUGAACAAGGAUUUCAAGGAUCAGCAAAUCUUCUUCUCUCCAAUGCUUUACUGCACUCGCUUCUUGAUAGCAUCGAAUGAGUUGACAGCACAUUGCGAUGUUAUCUUUGAUCUGAAGACAGUGCAUGAUCUCGAUUUGCUCAGCCGACGGGUCUAA